CCCCGGCCCUAUGGAAGACGACGACGACCACCGCCGGAUCAGCCUGCAGGUGGUGGUCAACAGUCUCUACUGCCACGAAGAGCCACUGCUCGUCUCCACACCUCCUCCUCCGCCGCCGCAUGAUGAUGUACUACCACCACCCCAGCCGCCGCCGGCGCCACCGGAGAUCGAUAUCGUCGCCGGAGGAGGAGAUCAGGUUGAGCAGCAAGGACAACAAUUAGCAGUAGCAGCAGCAGAAGAGGCAGUGAGGUACAUGGUGGCGAGGCAGGGAUGCUAUGCGCCCAGCAGAGGGUACCUCCACCAUCUGCUGAUGCCUGCUGGCGGCGGUGUCGCCGGCGCUCGCUCCAGGGGAGUCCAGUACAUCAUCUAUGUAGUUAACAAGUUGGGGCUUGCGGCGUCGACGGCCUUCAACGCGGUCAACUAUAUGGACAGAUUCCUCUCCAUCAACUGCCAUCUGAGGUGGGAUGAGGCGUGGAUGGUUGAGCUGGUGAGCGUUGCCUGCUUGUCCGUCGCAUGCAAGCUGGACGAAGUCAACAUCCCAUCACUCCACCAUCUCCAGAUGGAGGAGGUGCUGGAGCACUCGUUCCGGUCGGGGACGGUCCGGGACAUGGAGCUCACGCUGCUCAAGGCCCUCCAAUGGCGCCUCGCCUGCGUCACGCCCUACUCCUUCCUCCACCUGAUCAUGCCGCCGUCGUCACCAGCCUCCGGUCCGUGCACUCGCCUCCUCCUCCGCUCCCUCGAGGAGCCCUCGCUGCUCCUCCGCUUCGAUCCCUCCACCAUCGCCGCCUCUGCCAUCCGCUGCCUGCAGCUGGGUCGUCUGCACCACCACCACCAGCAGCAGCAGCAGGAUUAUUCCUCCGGCGGCCAUGUCAGCAGCCGCCUGCUGAAGCUGCUUAUGACCCGUCCAUCAGCAGAGUAUUGCCCACCAACGAAGGAUGAUGAUGACGAUGAUGAGUGCUUCAAGAUGAUGCAAGCACUGCUCGACCAGGAAUCCUGCUGCUUGUUGGAUCAUUUGAACAGCAGCCAUUGUCGUAGUCGUCCCUACAUCGUCGGUGAUGAUCAGCAGCUGAUGCAGUACUCCAGCAGCCCAGCAGUCAACAGGUCAGCAUCAGUAGUUACCCGUCGCUGCUUGUUCGAUGAUCGAUCGGCGGCGGAUCAAUCAUCAUGACGACGCACCAAAUUAAAGUAAUGAUCAAAUACACACACGAUCGAGAUGAUCUGCUAAUUCAGGACAUCGACGAUGUAUCUUCGUUCCUCACACAGCAAACGACAACCACAUUACUUAAUUUUAUUUACCGUUCCUUUACUCUAGCUAACUAAUCCCUCAGAUCAAAUCAAAUUAAUUACCUGCACAUUAAUCAAUUAGUUACUGUUACUUGUGUGUAGUACUACAUAACAUACACACUGUACUACUUAGUUAUUUGCAUUCGUUUGUAAUGUCCUUGCAUUGGUGUACACAAUGCGACGGGACCUGAAGCAUGCACGCAUAUUAUUUGUGUUGUGCGUGCUGCACAGUUUCGAUCUUCAUCUUUUUCUUAAUCUUAUUUGUACACGUGGGUGAUUAUUACAUAAUAAUAUAUGUAUUGUGUGAUUUA